CAACCAUUCACCAACCUUGUUUUAUAGUUGGUGUCUGCUGAAGUUGAAGCAUUCAAAAUUAGACCUUGCUGACUACAGUAGGCUAUAGACCUUGCAUUCAGUUAUGGACGCUUCUGCAGAAACCGCGGUUAAUGGCAAAAACGUGAACGAAGCCUCGGCAGCCGUUGAAGCGGCUUCUUCUGGUCAAGGCUCCACUGAUGAAAGUUCCUGCCUGAAGCACAUCCGACGCUUCAUCCCGCUGAAAACGCAGGAAGACCUGAAGACACUUUUCACACUAGUGGGACCAAUGGUCUUAUCCCAGUUGAUGGUCUUCAUGAUCGGUGUCAUCAGCAUGGUGUUCUGUGGUCACCUGGGGAAAACAGAACUUGCAGGGGUAUCUUUAGCAACUGCGGUGGUUAAUGUCACUGGUAUUUCCAUUGGCACUGGUUUGACAUUAACUUGCGAUACCCUCAUUUCUCAGACAUAUGGGAGCGGUAACUUGAAGCGUGUGGGUGUGAUUCUCCAGAGGGGGAUUCUGAUUCUGCUGCUGGCCUGUUUCCCCUGCUGGGCCAUCCUCAUCAACACUGAACCCCUCCUACUUGCUUUCAAACAGAGCCCAGAGGUUGCCAGGCUCUCCCAGCUGUAUGUGAAGAUCUUCAUGCCUGCUCUCCCGGCUGUUUUUAUGUACCAGCUGCAAUCAAAGUGUCUUCAGAAUCAGAAAAUUAUAUGGCCUCAGGUUAUAACUGGAGCUACUGCAAAUGUCAUUAAUGCACUUACCAACUACAUCUUCCUCUAUCAUCUGGAUUUGGGUGUCGUUGGAUCUGCAGCAGCCAGUGCAAUCUCACAGUAUUUCACAGCUGUGCUCUUAUAUAUUUAUAUCUGCUGGAAGGGUCUAUUGAAGGAAACUUGGCACGGUUGGUCCCUAGACUGUCUGCAGGAGUGGGGUAACUUUAUCUGGCUUGCCAUCCCCAGUAUGCUCAUGCUUUGCCUGGAGUGGUGGGUAUUUGAGCUGGGAGGAUUGCUGGCCGGAAUGAUAAGUGACACUGAGCUGGCAGCCCAGGCCAUAAUAUACCAGCUGAUUUUUGUAUCUUAUAUGUUGCCAUUGGGGUUCUCUACUGCUGCCAGUGUACUGGUUGGCAAUGCUCUUGGCGCAGGAAACAUAGAGCAAGCCAAGCAAUUUUGCAAGCUUCCCGUCAUCUGUGCAUUCACAGUUGCAUGUGUUGUUGGAGGUUUUCUCAUCAUCACUAGAAACGUCAUUGGAUACAUUUUCACCACUGAUCAAGAUGUCAUAGGGAAGGUUUCUGAGGUGGCAAUUAUAUUUGGUUUCAUGCAUAUUGCUGAUGCCAUUGCGGCUGUAAAUGGAGGUGUUGUUAGAGGAGCAGGAAAACAGUUGAUUGGUGCUCUGUGUAACUUCGUGGGGUUCUACUUCAUUGGCUUCCCUAUUGGUGUGUCCCUGAUGUUUGCAGCACACAUGGGGAUUGUAGGACUAUGGACAGGAUUGACCAUUUGUGUGUCACUGCAAGCAACUUUUUUUAUAAUAUUUUUGUACAAACUUGAUUGGAAGAAGGCUACUGAAGAGGCUCUUGUAAGAGCAGGAGUCCAGAUCAAAGAAGAAAAAGAGAUGGUCCAGAUGGAAAAUCUAGACUCAAUACAGAACUUGGACCAGGUCAGUACUACUUCAUCCAAUUUAGAGGAAGCUGGGGAGGACCACACAUACCAGGACGUGCAUAUUCCAGACCAGAAUAAUUCUACUACCACUGUAGUGGGAGAAGUUCUUUCAAUAACACAGUUGGUUUUACGGCGUGGCCUCACAUUGCUGCUCAUGAUUGUAAUCCUUGCUGCUGGAAUCCUCACCAAUUACCUACUUGUCAGAUUGUUCACAUAGUGAACCAGGCAGUGUUUUAAUUAUUUUAUACUAAAAAGGAAUAAUACAGAAUCUUUUUCUCUCCCUGGGAGAAAGAGGUGGGGGGGGUGGUUGGAUAUCAACCCUCAGACAGCUGAAGUACCCUCACCUUGUGCCUAAUUGACCCUUUGCAAAGCCUUGCCCCAAAUACAAAUCUGACCAAUCACAGCGCAGUAUAGGACUCACUCGGAGUUCCGACACUUUCAAUGCAACUUUUUAAUGCAAAAGGAGUCGUUUUUACUAGCUUUUUUUUUCGCUGUAUUUUUCCAAGAUAUGGUCAAACGCUGUU